AGGCCGGGGUCGAGCCGGCGGCCUACCCUCGCGUCGGCAGGCGCCGUCCGCCUGGCUGCCGCAGGAGGAAGGAGGAAGGGAGGAGGGGGAACGUUUUGAGGGCGAUCGCAGCGACGGCGCUGAAAUCCAACACCCGGCGGUGUUCGGUCGUCGAGCUGCGGUCGAAUCUGCUGACUACGUCGGCGGCCUCCGCGGCCCAUGGUGCGACGCGGCGCGGGUUCGCGGUCCGUUCAGUCUGCGUGGAGGUGCGAGCAGUAGCGGUGCAGGGCGUAGAGUGCCAUGCGGUGCCAUGCCCCCGUCGGCCAGCUCCCCUACGCCGCCACCUGUGCCAGCCAGGGCCGCCCUAGGAGCCCCCCCAGGGGCCGCGACUGUCGCCGCAGGGGCAGCCGGAGCCCCAACCGCCCGGAGGGUCCGCAUCGCCGCGACGCCGCCCGCCGCGCGUCGCAGAGGCACGACGGGCACGGGGGUCAACGGGUCGGUGGUGAAGCCAGUGCCGCCGCCGAGGGCGCACCUCCGCAUCGAGGAGGACGGGCGACUGGUGAACCGCGCGCCGGCGCCGCAGCUGCCCGCGCGGCCCCCGGACAACAACAACGAACCCGACAAGGAGCCGACGCAGGAGCAGCUCACCGCCAUCCGAAAGUACCAGGUAAGCAAAGCACGGCGUUGUGCGGAAGAGGACCGCGUAUGGGGUAUGGGGACCUCCGCCGAGCCAAGGUCAUCAGAAACUGCUCAAAAUUACAGCGUGAUUGUGUACAAUGAUUGCUUUCCAUUUUGUGUUGCAACAGGAUGGCAUAGUGGCUUCUACUGUGUAGGAGGAAGGAAAGAGCAACACUGCUGUGUAAAUUUCUGUUGUGAUUCUUAG